GCUUCUUCUCUGAACCCCUUCCUUCUCCGUCUCUUCCUCACCGCUCCUUCUCCUCCUCCUCCUCUGCAAACCACCGCGCAUCCCUCGGUGUUCCCGCAUGUCUCUCUUCUAAUCGCCCUGCGAAAGCCGCUCCCGCCUUACCUGGUCUGGCGCGCGCGCGUUAGGUGUGUGCUUGUUCUCUCUGCCAUCGUCCGUCCCCGUCCGUCCUUCUCUAACCCGCCCGCCUUCCUGAUCUCUGCAGCACCUACUCCUCUGCCCGUCCCUCUUAUCAUGUCCACCACCGUCACCUCCAUCACCAUGACGACCCCGGCAUUUGUCUUCCCCCUGCACCACUCGCUCUCGCCGAAAGAGUCGUCGCCUGCCCUUCCGCGCGCGUUCCCUCCCUCCACCACCACCACCACUAACACCAGCACCGGCCACGCCCGGCACACCUCCGUCGCCUCUCUAUCCGCCUCCGCCCCGACUACCGUCUUUCCUCCUCCGACGCAGCGACCGGCUCUGCAACACCCCAACCCCCAGCACCUCGAGCAGAAUCGCCUGUCGCUCCCACCUUCCUCCUCCUCCUCCAUGCAGGCGUCCAAGCCCCGUAGUCCUGCGCGCAAGCACGCCCACCGGCGCUCGGCGGCCAUCUCGCACGACUUCCUCGCCGACCUCCGUCUCGAGCAACAGAAGCAGCAGGUCGACGCCUCAGCCACGCCUCUUCCCCCGUCGCCCACGCCGUCGCGUGCCGAAUCGCCAUGCCGGUCGCCUUCGCUCUCGCUCGGCUCAUCGUCGACUUCGCUCGCGUCGGUCUCGUCGGCGUCGACAACACCCCCCUCGCGGGCGAAAGUCAUGUUUUCGCCCGCCAUCGAGUUUAUUCCCUCGCAUUCUUGCACAACUUCGACAUCCACCACUGCCACCAUCACACCCUCGCAGCAGCAGCCUUCAGCGAACGAGUCACCCGAGUUGCUCGCGGCGAAGCCUUCCGCCGAUGCCGAGAUUACUCGUGUAUCUCCACUCCCGGUUUCGCCUAGCAAACGUGCUUCAGUAGUCUCGACCACGAGCACGGCUUCUGCGCCGGCGGCGACGACGACGUACAAGAAAGGAAAGUCGUGGUCGUUCAUCCGAUUCCGGCGGAAGACAGACGGACUGAGUCUGUCGCCGCCGCCGACGGAGGAAGAAGACGAAGGGGAGGAAGACGAAGACGAGGAGGAUGAAGAUGAGGAUCUACCGGUGCCGCGGCCGGCUACCCCUCCUCAUGUGUCACACGCCCCGCGAGCGACGCAUUACUUUACGCGGUCGGGCACGCCUGAGCCGGUGAUUGACCUCGACGCGGCGCUGGGGCCGGCAGGCACGCCAUCGCUGCUGUCAGGCACCUGGACGACUUCUUCGUUCCACCGAAGGACGGAGUCUGCGCCGGGAAUGAUCAACGGCACAAAGUCGGUUGAUUUCCGAACGUUUUCGCAGUCGAUGAGUCUUGCGCUCGACGGACCUCGACGCAGCAGCAGCAGCAGUAGCGGUAUGAGUGCAGUCGGACGAGGCAUGAAGCGGAAGAUGUCUGCGGUUGCUGAGAUUGCGGAAGAGCGGGACGAGUCUGCGAUUGACUCUGAGGACAAUAACAGCUCGUCUGAUGAAGCUCAGGAGAACAGCAGCAGCACUGCAGAGAGUCAGUCCGUUGAGACGAAGGUCGAGCGUCGAAGUGUUUGGGAAGACUUUGUGAGUUCGUUUAAUGCUGCCAGUCAAAACUACAACAGCAGCAGCGCGAGCUACAACAGCAGCAAGACAUAUGACAGUCAAAGAUUAGGAGCAAAGCUCGAGUCGGUCGAGGGAAAUGAGACGACGGUUGAUACCCGCGACGAUGUACUUAUUGUUGAUGAAUUUGGCGAGGCUAUUGUGCUUGGAGAACCCGGUCCCGAGAUUCGACAUUCGGUGAUUGAUAGCGGCGCGAACUCGCUGCACAACUCAGGAUCUACGUCUACGCUUUCGGAGCAGGAUAUGCUGUCGGUCUCAGCCCCGGCUACAGAGUCGCCGACAAAACGACAGGAGAGUGAGCGAGGCGGAUGGCAUUUUCGGAAGAGGUCGCACGAUCGGCGGAAAAGUCUAGUUGUCGGGUUGAAGAACGCGAUGAUGAAGAGCCAGUCGGUCGGCAAUCUUCUGCACAACAAUAGUACGGUGAACCUGUCAGCCGGAAGCCGCGAAGAGGUGCGCAACAACAGCAGCAACACAGCAGCAGCAGCUACGUCGCCCUCGAAGAGCAACAAACUGCACCGCCGGCGGCCGAGCAAGCAGGACGCGGCGAUGUACUGGCAGCAGCAGCAACAGCAACUACAGCGACAGACCAAGUCGAUUGGCGGCAGCCAGCAAGGAUGGCGAAGCCAUGGAGAUCUGCCGGUUGCAAACACGGAGCCGAUCGUGGGGACACGGCGGCACGCGAAGCACGCGUCGGUUACGACUACGACGAGCAGCACGCUGCGGGCGGGGACGAUGAAGAAUUUGAGUAAUGGAAAGUCGAAGAACGUCGCCGGGCGGAUGUGGGACUGGGUUCGGGGGAUAAUUGCAGUAUGAAAGGUUUAUUAGUUUUGGAAGAGUUGUAAGAAAGGAGAAAGUGUUUAUUGUGACCGUGACCAUUGAUUGCAGCAUGGUGUUUAUUUCUAUUCAUUUUCUAUUUUUGGUUCUCAAACAGGUGUACUAUGUAUGGGUUUAUUAAUUACUUUGUUCACAAAGUGUACGAUUUGUCUUGAUUAUUUUGCUGUUUUAUAUUUCGGUGAAUCUAAAGCUA